AUGUCAUAUAUAGCAUAUCUCAUAUUUCAAAUUUCCACUGACAAGCCAUUGAUUCAAUUAACAAAUGAAUACCUAGAUAAACUUGGUAUUCCAGAUAUAGAAAUAUGUUGUAGUCUAAGUGAUAUUCAAAUAACAAAAUGUGUUUUCAAUCUUGAUGAUUGGACUUCAAUUGAAUAUGACAAUUGUACCAAGUAUAUUCAACGUUCUUGUGUAGAAUACAACAUAUAUUGCUAUCUUUUUGAAACCAAUUAUACCGAUUUUUUUGGUAACCCAGACCCAAACAUUAAUGUUAUGGGACCAUGGGUGAGAAACAUCGAUUUUUAUUUCCAAAUAAAUAAUAUUACAAACGUGACUUCCAGAUUCUUGUCUGUAGGUGCCAUUUCCGUGCAAUUAAUAGAUCCAGAAUUUAACCCUUUAUGGAAAGGAAAAGCAGAAACUUCCGUAGAUUUAUAUGUAACUCAAAUUCUAAAAUUACAAAUGAACGCAUUUUCAGGUAUUCAAAAUAUGUCAACUCUGGCUUAUUUUACAAAACAAACCAUCCAAACUAUUUUACCUCAUGAUAUUUCUGCAAUUUUGGGGGUGACUCCUAAUUAUCAUAAAGUUUCUUACUUAAACGUAAUAUCAAAAUAUUUUCCAAUGCACCCAAAUGAUAAUGUCUCUGAUGGUAUUUUUGAUGGUCACUUUAGUGUUGCUCCGGGUAGUUUUAUUCAUGAUGUGCAGUCUGAGAAACUUUCACAUACUGUUCUUAUUGCCUUGGGUGUGCUUGGUGGUGGUUUUGUGGAAUCUAUAUCUUACUUUUUGGACGACCAAGAAAUAAUCCUUGAAAAUAAUGGUUAUCGUAAUAUAGACUUAUCUAAUAUGCCAUUUGUUUCAAAAACUAAUUCAAUAAUUGAAGAUCAUAUUCCUACUGAAAAAAAAGUAAUUAGGUUAGAAAAUAGAAUUUUAGCAUUGGAAAAGAUUUUAGAAGACUAUGUGAUUAACCCAUACGCUUUAAGAUUUUUGAAACUAACUCCCAAAGAGCCUGAUAAAAACUAA